AUGGCUAAUGAGAGCAUUGGUUUAAUGACCAACUUUACACUGAGCGGGAUCAGCAAUUUUAUUUUGAACUGGGCUCCCAACGAGUCCACUCAGCGGCAGGGUGCCCUCGCGAUGGUUCGAAUUGAGGAAAACGCGAUCGUGCGCCGGGGAUACCUUGAAGGGAUACCCCCAGUCGCCAGGAUUUAUCCAUCACUACAGCUUUCCUAUUUUCUGGGAAACGAUGGUAACGAUGUGGCGGUGAAAUCUCCGCAUGAACAAGCGACACACGCAAACAGAGAAGAGUUCUUGGCGGAGAUCGAAUUUAUGAAACAGUUGCCCUUCCAUCCGCAUAUUCUCUCGCUUGUCGGCUGCUCGACAAAUCCCGACUAUCCGUUGAUUGUGACGGGCAUUUGUGAACUCGGCGCUUUACUCUCACUCCUCCGACAAAUGGAUCCGGAACACCUGAAAUAUGAAGAAUCACCACUCGAGUUCGACGACCUUGUCCCGAUCGGUUGGCAAAUAAGUGACGCGCUGGUUUUCCUUUCUGCAAAAGAAAUCGUUCAUCGAGAUGUGGCUGCCAGGAAUGUGCUUGUCACAAAAGACAAAACAGCUAAGCUUUCCGAUUUUGGUCUUUGCCGCUUCCAAAAAGAUAUGGUGGCAGGUGUACGUGACGGGAAAUUCCCAAUCAAAUGGAUGGCGCCCGAAGCAAUCGAAUUCGCGGAUUUCUCGCCGGAGUGCGAUGUG